AUGCCAUCAAUGUUCAUACUUGUGAAGGACAUUAAACCUCAACACCAACUCAGGGCAGUUCGUGUUAGAGCAGUCAGAGUAUUCGAAGUGCCAGAGAAACGGGGAGAGGGUAACAGCAGUAAGAGUAUGGAAGUACCAAUGCAUGAUGAAGAGGGAAGCUAUAUUCAUGCUAGCAUUCUAAAAAAAGAUGUGGUGAAAUAUAGAGAGAUAUUCAAGGAAGGAAAACUGUACGAAAUAAAAAAUUUCAUUGCUGCGACAAAUUAUUAUGUGUACAAGAUUACACAGCAUCCAUAUAUGAUCAAAUUGAACUACAAGACAGAAGUGAAGGAGAUAAACUCUUUAGGAUUUCCUUUUAAAAUGUUUCGAUUAAAGAGUUUCAGUUCUUUAAAAGACACUGCAGAUGUGAACGACGAGGAACUUAUUGAUGUUAUUGGUCGAGUAAUUGAGAUCUAUAAUCCUGUGGAUAAGAUUAUAGGUGGAAAGGCAACCAAACUGAUUGACUUUCAGAUUGAGGAUAAUCUUGAGAACACACUGUCAUGUACUCUAUGGAAUGAACAUGUUGCAUCACUCCUGCCGUAUUACAAUUGUGAUUCAAUAGAACCACUCAUUGUUGUGAUUCAGUGCUGUCGUGCUAAGUUGGUCGGUGGUGAGGUUAGAAUCACCAGCUCAUAUGAUGCUACCAAGCUAUGGUUUAAUGAAGAUUUUGAGGAAUUUCUAGACUUCAAGUCGAAUAUGAAAUCUGAAAAAACUCCCAUGAAAAGUUUGAGUACGGGGACUCUGCACUCACAGGAUUCUGGCAUUAGUGACUUUAAAAGUGGUGGACUCAUUGAUGGGGAAUACUAUGUUGCUGCUGAAAUCUUGGGUUUAGAUCUUGAUGAUGGGUGGUACUAUGUGUCAUGCAUGUCAGCUGGCUGUAAUAAGAAAUUAAAAGAAGAUGGAGGAUCACUUGUGUGCACUAAGUGUCAUAAGCCAUAUACUAUGGGUACGGUCAGGUAUAAGGUGGUCAUCAUUGCUUUAGACAAGAGUGGAGAUGCUCCACUAUUGCUUUGGGACAGAGAAGUUGCUGAGCUGGUUGGAAUUCCUGCAUGCCUAUUGUAUCAGAAAUACAAGGAGACUGGUGUUGAAGUACCCCCCGAGUUGGAUGCUAUUGUGGGAAUGAAGAUGUUGUUUAAAGUAGGUUUAAAAUUGGCUCUAAGGCGGGGUAAAAAUUCUCCUUUCAAUGUGUUGAGGCUGUUAAGGGACGAACAUUUGGUCCAGACUUAUAGUGACAGGUUUGUCGAGCAUCAAGAGCAAGAUUUAAUCUCAAAGAUGCUUGAGGAGGAAACAAACAGUGCAGCGAAUUCUGAAGAAGCAUCUAUAGAAGUAGAGGUUAAUAGUCUUGCCUCUAUGCAGCCCUCUCAACAUGAACCUGAUGACACUAUGGUCAACUCCUUAGCUACCAAAAGGUCACUCUUGGAUGAGUUUUCCUCAUCCAAAAGUCGCAAGAGAACAACAGCCCCCAACAUCAAGAAGGAGAAGACAGCUUGA